AUAUUAACUGUGCGACACUUGCCGUUACGGAUGUCAAGGCUUUCCCUUAGAACAGUGAGUUGGCAAAACAAACCGGCGUCUCCGUGGUGUACCUUCAUCAUAAGGAUGAACGCGGUAUAAUUAGCAGAGGGCUAUUUGUUUAGUGUAGGCUACGUGAUGUUUAGUUCUCUAGCACAGAGAGGAGGUUUGUGAUUUAAAAUAAUUGUUAUUUUCACUUUCUGGAUAACAUGAUGUAAGGCAAUAUAGUAAUGCCUAUCCUAUCAAAGACAAGGAAAGCAAUACAUGGCAGGUUAUGAGGGUGUGUUAAAAGGAAUGGAGAUCAUGAUGCGUGGUUUUGACAGUUCGGAUUUAAUAAAUCGCGUAUUUUCUGUGUUUUGUCAGUCCUAGCACGUUUGUAUCCAUCAGGACAAUAUUGUAUUUAUUAUUUAUUUGCAAGAUUUAACAUUUAUUUUUUGAGGGGGAAAACUAUUUAAAAGCUACGUUGACAUUAAAGCAACAUGUAACGCACCGUACUGGCAUCGGUCCAAUUCGGAAGGUCAUCUGAGGUAUGCUAAUAGUGUGACGUCAGUGCGGUAAUAAAAGCAGCGAGUCGCGUGAAUCCACAAAGCUCUAACAACCUGUUGGUUGGAAGUGAGGCAGCACAAGCGCAGUUUUCUCUGCUUGGAUACUGACAGAGCCCUGGAAAACAUGUUGUUUUGGCACUACCAACCUGAAAAUUACCACCAACACUCGCCACCCAGCUGUCUCCGCGAUGCGAUGACACCUUUCUACAAGCACGAUGGCAUACAACCCUUAGCAGGGAAUGACGUCAAAAUACCACCUUUUCAGUAUAUGCUAUGUGCAGCCACGUCGCCUGCGGUAAAAACGCACGAAGAGACGCUGACUUAUCUAAACCAAGGUCAGUCCUACGAAAUCCGUAUGCUUUACAGAAAACUAGUGGAGUAUACAGAUAUAAGCAGCAAAUGUGUGAAGAGCAUCGUGCGAGUGCUGUUUCACGAUCGUCGGCUGCAGUACACCGAGCACCAGCAGCUGGAGGGCUGGCGCUGGAGCAGGCCGGGUGACAGGCUCCUGGAUAUCGAUAUCCCUCUCUCUGUGGGGAUUUUGGAGCCGCAAGCGCACCCAAUGCAACUCAACACUAUCGAGUUCCUCUGGGAUCCCGUGAAGAACGCCUCGGUGUUCGUACAGGUCCACUGCAUCAGCACAGAGUUCACCCCCCGAAAGCACGGAGGGGAGAAAGGGGUUCCCUUCCGCAUUCAGAUCGACACCUUCACUCAGAACGAGAGCGGAGAAUACCUGGAGCACGUGCACUCCUCCAGCUGUCAGGUCAAAGUCUUCAAGCCCAAGGGAGCGGACCGCAAGCUGAAAACCGACAGGGAGAAGAUCGAGAAGCGGUCCCUUCAGGACCGGGAGAAAUAUCAGCCUUCGUACGAAACCACACUGCUGACAGAGUGUUCUCCCUGGCCUGAUACACCCCGUGUCAGUAGCACCACCAGCACUCCGUCCCCGGCCAACCACAGCUCCCCACCCCCCUGCAGCGUUACCGAUGGAAACUGCUCUCCGAACCAGCAGGGGGAGCUAUUCCUGCCCAGCUGCUCUGAUCACCUCCUCCCGUCCUGCAGCCCCCAGGACACCCAGGUCUGGCUGCAUCGUCACAGGUUCUCCCCUUUCUGCCGGCUCUUCUCCAGAUUCUCGGGCGCUGACCUCCUGAAGAUGUCCAAAGAGGACUUCAUUCAGAUAUGCGGACCGGCUGAUGGGAUUCGCCUUUACAAUGCCACCAAAGGGAGGUGCAUACAGCCGCGCCUCACGGUGUACGUUCGUCAACAGCACCCCAAGCACGCAGGAGGCGACGUGUACCACGCGCUCUACCUGGAGGACCUGACUCUCCAGGAGCUGACUGAGAAGAUCGCCAACCUGUACAGAAUCUCCCCGAAGCAAAUCAGCCAGGUCUACAGACAGAGCCGCACCGGCAUCCACGUGCUGGUGUCUGACGAGAUGGUUCAGAACUUCACUGAGGAGAUGUGCUUUGUUAUAAACCCACUUAAAGAUAAAAACGGCAAUGAAUUUAGUGUUGUCCUGAUGUGAACAGGAAGAGCAGCUUUGCAGAGAAGAUGGAAGAGAUUUUCUCCCCAUGAAAUCUGGAACUCGGUUUACGAAAAAUUCAGCUGUUGCUUUUUUGUAUUUUUAUAUUAAGUUAUUGAUUGACUUCUGAUGAAGUGUGUAAUUGUGUGUAAUAAAAAAUGCAUUUUAAAAUAUUUUCUUAUAAAAAAUGGAAUGUCUGAGAGCAUAAAAUCAGUGGGAAGUUGACUAAUCUCUAAAUCCAUGAAAAUACUGUUUUUUGGUGCUUGAAAUGCCUUAACUAGAAAUAUACAGUUAACAGAGGUGGAAAAUAUAGGUCCAGAAAGUAAAGGUCCUCUGCAGCAUUUUGUUCCAAUCACCUGGAUUUGCUAAUUAGCUCAAUUCUUCAGCCAGGAGGUAGAACGUAUUAGUGAAAUCAGUUGGCUGAGUUCUUGGGAGGAAGAAACACAUAGCCAAACUUUUACUUUCUGACCCCUGAAUGUUCCACCUCUGACUAUCAACAAAAUACAGGCAUCGCUGCACAGCUGGAUGGUCUGUUUCUGUGAUCGUGUUCCUGCAGGUUAACUUAUGUCAGCCUCACGUGCAUCCUGUCAGUAAAGGCUUUUUAAGUUUUAAAUGUUGCUGGUUAAAUUCCGAAAAUCAUACCAUAGACCUGUAUAAAGACAUGGUCUGUUACCUGCAUAUCGUUACAGUAUAUAAAUAAACAUCAUUCGUUUGUUGGUGUACCUGGAUUCAUGGCAUGUUCUAAGAACAGUUACGCAUGCCUGUCCACAGGAAGGUGCAUUCACAUCUCUACAGCUGUUCUAGAAAUCACAGCCAGGUUUUCA